CCUCUCUAUAGCUUCAACCAAAGUCUCAAGCCAAAACCCAACCUGCAUCAUGAUGACCAGCUCCGAGUUCGUCCCUGAGCCUCUUCCUCGUGGCCUCACCGAUGCCACCACGCACCCGCAUCGUCCUCGCUUCUCCUGGUCCAUCUUCUGGUCGUAUACCGGUCCCGGUUGGCUCAUGAGCAUGGCCUACUUGGACCCUGGGAAUCUCGAAGCAGACCUACAAAGUGGGGCGUACACACGCUACCAGCUGCUCUACGUCGUUCUACUCAGCACCAUGUUCGGAGGGCUCUACCAGAUCUUAGCCGCCAGAUUGGGAGCCUGCACCGGGCGACAUUUAGCUCAGUUGUGUCGCUCCGAGUACCCUCCACUCGUCUCCUUCGGACUCUGGAUCAUGACGGAGCUCGCCAUCAUCGGUAGCGAUAUCCAGGAGGUUCUGGGAUCGGCUGUAGCCUUCGAGCUUCUAUUCGGGCUACCAUUAUGGUUGGGAUGUCUGUUGACUGGGCUGGAUACCUUCACCUUCCUGGCACUCCAUAAAGCGGGGGAUUCAAAAACUAGAUACCUCGAGAUGUUCUUCUUGCUGCUCAUUGCCACCAUGUGCGUGUGCUUCUUUGCCGACUUCACCAUGAGUGAUCCAGACGGGAUUGAGAUAAUUAAAGGGGUGGUGGAACCCAGAAUGGACAAGCAGAAUACCAUGCAGGCCGUGGCGAUGCUGGGGGCUAUUAUCAUGCCUCACAACAUUUUUCUUCACUCAGCGUUGGUCCAAGAAAGGAGAAUUGAUACGAGAUUUCCGACAAAAGUGAAGGAAGCAAAUUACUAUUUUGGAUUGGAAGCAGUCAUGGCCCUGUUCGUCAGCUUCUUGAUCAACGCUGCUGUGGUUUGUGCAUUUGCCAGCAGCUUCUUCAGCAGUCAGUGCUAUGCUCUGAGUAGUAAUCCCAUUUCGAGUUUGUAUGGGAGAGACAUCCAGACCUCGUGUAUCCCAGCCAAGGCGGCGUUGAGCUCGGGGAGUGCGAUUUACGAUGCUUUCACGGGCAAUGUAUGUGUGUUUGGUGGUGAGAGUGUAUUUGAAGGUAACGUGACUACAGCUAUUAUGAAUACGGUGAGUAAAUGCACACCGUGUUACGUGGAUGGACGUGGAGAGAGUUUUGGUACUGAAUUAUUUGAAUCGGGGCCAACGGCUGGAUAUUGCCAAGAAAUUGGCCUCGCAGAGGCUGGUGAGGCCAUACGCGAGGCCCUUGGAGGAUAUGCUAAGGUAGUCUGGGCGAUUGGUUUACUUGCUUCUGGCCAGGCUUCGACCAUGACUGGUACUUACGCUGGUCAGUUCGUAAUGGAGGGCUUUUUGGAUAUCCGGAUCGCAGCCUGGAAGCGUGUGGCGCUUACCCGAGGAGUGACAUUGAUACCGGCUAUCAUCGUGGCUCUAAUCAGUCAAGACCGACAAUUCCAAAGCGACCGCUUUAACGAGCUCCUCAACGUUCUGCAGAGUGUCCAGCUACCUUUUGCGUUACUGCCGCUACUCGCAUUCACAACUAGCAAGAGACUGAUGGGACCGCAUUUCGUAAACACUAGGUGGAUUGCAGCACUCCUUGUCGUAGGCACGGCGUUGCUCUGUGGUGUGAAUUACACGCUUGUCUAUGAUAUUCUCCUCAAGAACCUUCCAGAAAAAUUAUCAGCGUCAGCUUGGAUUAGUCUAGUCACCAUCGCUGGUUUAUAUGUCACCCUGCUGCUCUACUUGUUGCUAAUCUACCCGUCUGAAACAGUACCACCUCACUACGUAGUACUUCCGUCUGCAGUGAGCUCAGAGCUCCCUCGUGAAGAAAAAAACAAGAGUGCCGGAAGUGCUGAGGAGCCCCUAUUGGAGAAUGAAGGUGUCGUAUGAUAAAACUCGAUCAAUAGUACUAAGAAGUACAAAAAAAUCAACUCCUGAAAAAUCUGUUAUUUUGUCAGAUUCUAACUGGAGUUAUUUAGUCUCGAUCACGUACAAGCGCUAGACCACGAGCUCGCAACUCUUGCUCCCAACUGCAGGUGCCACGAAACAAAUUAUUUAAAUUGCAAAAAAUAAAAAAAUAAUAUCCCUU